UCGCCGCGUGUGCGUGUUGUUUACUUUCGCUCGGGCGAGCGCAAUUGUAUUUGUUCACUAUCUGACAACAAGUUAGGCUUUAGGUGGGCGUGUUUAAAUGUUAGGAUCUUAUACAAGUUAUCAACGGAAAGAUUCUGGCAUUUGCAAUUGUUUCUAUAUAUUUAAUAAUUACUAAUUAUGUCAACCGACUACCAGAAUGUUAAAGUUGGAAAAUUACGCCUCAAAGGAGAAAAGGUGAAGAAGCACAAGAGCAAGAAGCGGAAGCAUGAUGAUGAUGGCGCGAGUGAUCUUUCCUGUUCACAACAAAAAUCCUUGACUGAUAAAGACACUGAAGCUCACGGUGGCUGGUGGAAAGUCAUGGCUGUGCAUGAGAUUAGAGGGAGCAUUGCAAUACAAAUGGGGGAUGGUCCAGUUUACAUGAGAGCAAUGGAUGAUGGACUGUUUGCCCUUGGGCCUCCACAUGAUGAGGGUGAUGGUCCUCAUCCAGAAGAGGUGCUAACAGCGCUACCAACAGGUGACAUUCGCAAGGUUGCAUUCAAGUCUGGCUAUGGCAAGUACGUUGGUGUUGACAGCAAAGGACGGCUUAUAGGCAGAGCUGAGGCCAUUGGACCUCGGGAGAUGUUCACGCCUGUUUAUCAGGAUGGCAAAGCUGCUCUGCUGUGCUCCACUGAAUGCUUUGUUGGGAUAGAUGAUGAAGACAACAUCGUGGCGACCAACACUACAGCCGGACCCCUGGAAAUGAUUUCAAUACGGUCCAACACCGUCAGAGCUAAGGACAAGAGUGAUGAGAUGCCGGCAGAGGAGCAAGGAUCACUCAAGGAUGUCGAGGUGAACUACGUGAAGAAAUUCCAGAAAUUCCAAGAUAAAAAAAUGCGAGUCAACAAAGAUGGUUACGUCGAACUACGAGAUGCGCGAGACGCGGGCAAGCUUCACGAGACUCUGCUUGACAGACGCGCUAAAAUGAAGGCUGAUAGAUAUUGCAAGUGAAGGCAAUUAUAUACUAAAAUUGUCCUCAGAUAUUGCAAGUUAAGGCAGAUAAAGGCAAUAUACAGGCAGUCAUUGUUAACCGAGGCAUAUGAAGGUAGAUAUAUAUUACAAAUAAAGGCUGAUGAAGGCUGACUGCAAGUAAAGGUAGAUAGUGCAGCAAGUGAACUCAGAUGGAGACUGAAAAUAAGGGGAAUUAAAUGCUGGUUUGUAAAUGCAGGCAGAUAGAUACCCAGUCGUCACGUACAAUUUGAAAUCAGAAAUAAUUUAUAAUAAAUAUUUUAGGAUAGGUGACUCAGCGCAGUCACACUGAUAUUAACAAUCAAAUUAGCUGCACUGAAACGAAGGUAGUUAGAUGAUGUUGGUAAAAUUUCACUUUCAUAAUGAAUAAUAUCUGCAGAAUGUAUAUUAAUGUUUGAGUUGUAGUUAAUAAGGUCCAGCAACGUCUGUAAA